AACCGACCCAACCUAAUUUGGAAUAAAACUUUCACCGAACCAUAAUAUAUGUUUAGUUAAAUUUUGUUAAGUCAGUACGUAUUGAGAUAGAUAUGUUUUGAAUUUUGAUCGGUGUAGCUAGGCCAUUUUGAGACCCUUACGGAUUACUUCAAAGUUUUCAUCAAUUUCACAGCACAAUCAAUAAAAUGCAGGAGCAAGAGGUUAGAGGAGAUGAGAGAAAGAGUAGUAAAAAAGCAGAGAAAGGAGGAGGACAUGGAAAGGAGGAGAAUCCACCUCCAUUAAUGACUCUUAACCACGUUUCAAGGCUAUGUAGAAACGUGAAGGACUCCAUAGACUUCUACACACAAGUGCUGGGAUUUGUUUUGAUGGAGAGGCCUCAAGCCUUGGACUUUGAGGGUGCAUGGUUGUUCAAUUAUGGAGUUGGUAUUCACUUGGUGCAGUCCAAGGAAGAAGAUCAGAGAUUGCCUUCGGAUACCCAACACUUGGAUCCCCAAAACAACCAUAUAUCUUUUCAGUGUGAAGAUCUGGAAGCAAUGGAGAAAAAAUUGAAGGAAAUGAAUGUGAAGUACAUGAAAAGGACUCUGGAAACAGAAGAUGGAAAGGCAAUGGAUCAAAUUUUCUUCAACGACCCAGAUGGGUUCAUGGUGGAAAUAUGCAACUGCGAGAAUCUCAAACUCGUUCCUGCGGAUUCGCUAAGCAAGAUAAUGCUGCCAAUGGAUCGCCACACCCCACCCGUGGAGACAAAUCAGAGUCAUAAUGCAUGAUGCUGCAAUAUAUAUUUUUCUUUUCCAACGGUUCAUCUUGCUUCUUCUUUUUUUAUCAGGUCUUUGUAUUUGGAGCUCUUCCUAGAGUUUUUUCAUUAACUUUCGUUGUGUGUUUGUACUCGUAAUUUGUAAAAACUCCGAAUGUGAUAGAAGAAGAACCUUCUUACGAUGAACACUUUAACUUUCGAAAA